UGCUGUGAAAUCCAGCCUACUCUUACCGAGUCUGUAGCUUGAAAGCGUCACGGGCUUGCUGUUUCUAUAUUAAAAAUGAAUGGAAAGUACCUUCGCUUUUUGAUUUGGGAACCAGACUUUUUCCGUAUUUGGAUUUACGGCUAAUAGGAAACAAAAUCGAGGGGAAUAAUUUGGUGACUUUUUUCUCCCCGUAGUGAGAGCGACAGAUCUUGCUCCCCCCACCUUUUCCUGAGAUUUAAUCAUUUGCAGAUCUUGCCAUGGGGUGCGGACUGAGAAAGCUGGAAGACCCAGAUGAUAGCAGCCCUGGAAAAAUCUUUUCUACAUUGAAGAGACCACAAGUUGAAACAAAGACGGAUUCUGCUUAUGAAUAUGUAUUGCUGGAUUUUACUUUAGAAGCUUCCUCAAAUCCAGAAGUUAUCAAGAUCAAUUCUGUGCUGGAUAUAGCAUCGAAGGUGGAAGAAUAUUACAGCAGGGGAUAUGUUGUAGGAGCUGUUCAUCCUGUUAUACUGCCAAUUGGACGUAGAAGGAGUUUCCCUGCAAGUCACAUGUAUCGAGUGGUGCUUUCACGAUUAAAAUUAAGCCAGAAGCAUGCGGCACCCAGAGCACAAAGACACCCCAGGCUGGUGAUUGAGGAAUGUCCUUUAAUGUGUGAAACGCUGACAAAUGAGGUAGUGAAAGAACUGUUAGAAAAGGAAAUGGAGGCUGCUAGAAGAGGAAAGAAGUUUGUGGGAUUUGUAACGCAACAUGUUCCUCAACCUAAAGCCUGCAAUGGAACAAGCACUGAUGGAAGUGCAGAGCUGGAGUCAACACUGGGCAGAAGAAAUAGGGAACACAGAAGAAAAAAUUCUGAUGAAAACUACAAAAACUGGAAUGAAGGGACACUGAGCGGUCACUCAUCGGAGAGUGGGAUAGAGGAGGAACUGCCAGGAGAAAGCGGUCUGUUACAGGAUGCAGAUUUCCAGUUUGGAAAAGAAGUUGGCCCUGUUAAACCACGAAAAGGAGAUGGUAAUAACAACAAGCUAUAUACGGUCUUCAACGUUUUUGAUGAUGAUUCUAUGUGCUGGACCUAUCACGAAGGCAUUUUGUCUAUGAAAGUGGCAAGAAAGGGGCCGGUUAUUAGUACACUAGAAGCAGACUGGCUGGAAUUAACCACGUUUUAUUAUAAACAAGGAUUGUCCUUAAUUGAUUCUUUCGUACACUGGGAAACUUCUAAAGGGGACUAUUUGCCCAAGUCUUUAGAAGGAUUAUUUAUCUACGAAGAAGAAGGUGCUGGGGUUCCAGGGUCUAACAGGAAAGGAAAUGAUGCAAUAGUUGUUGAACAAUGGACAGUCAUUGAGGGGUGUGAAAUUAAAACAGAUUAUGGACCUUUAUUGCACACGCUGGCUGAGUUUGGAUGGCUUCUGACCUGUGUCCUGCCUACACCUAUUGUACGACAUGACAGUGAAGGAAAUCUGGCCACAAAGCAAGUUAUUUUUCUUCAGAGACCUGUUAUGUGGAAUUCUGCUGUCCAGACACCAGAGAAGAAAUCCUUAAGGCAAGUUAUUGGGGACGAAAAAGGCAAAGCCUCCAGCAGAAGUGUUGGAUUAGACACGGCUACUUCUCGCCCUGUAGAAAUGGGACAGCCACCUGACGAGUUUCACCUGUCUCCUGCUAAACAGUGCUGGAUCAAGGAGGGAUCUUCCCAGUACGGAGGCUUUCCAGGAUUCAGCAGCAGUGAUGGAGUAUUAAGGGAACUGGAUGAUGGACAAUUUGACCCAGAAGAUGGAGUCACUCAGGUCACGUGUAUGUGAUGAAGUAAGUAACCACCUCAGAUGGACAUGUACAUAAUUCACACAAAUGGCUAAAAAAAAAUGCUACUACUUUAAAUGCGUUGGCGUAAUCCUAUGACUUUUCCUAGACUCAGUUUGUAUUUUCUUCUGUUCCUUUGUUGUGUUAAUCCUACUGUAGUAAUGAUACUACUGCAAAAUAAUUUGGUUUUCUGUCCUUCUGUAAUGGAAU